GGGCUAUAAACCCCCCGGGACCCAGCGCCCUGCACAGGCUGAGCUCCGAUCCUCAUCGCUCCAGACCAGCCACCCAGACAGACAGGGAAAGCGAGAAGAUGGGGCCAGUCGCCUACUUCAGCCUCUGCCUCCUCGGCUGCCUGAUCUUGAACCCGUCGCUGUCAGCAGGAGCCGCGGACUCGCCCUGCCCUCAGAGCUGGAUACCGCACGGAGACAGCUGCUACGGCUACUUCGCCCACCAGCAGUCCUGGGCGGAGGCUGAGGCUGAGUGCAAGAGCUCUGGCCACGGGGCCCAUCUCGCCUCCAUUCUCAGCGCAGCAGAAGGCGGUUUUGUGGCCAGGUACCCCGGUCAGUUCCCACGAGCUGGUGACAUCUGAAUCGGGCUCUCUGACCCUGAGCAGGGCUCAGGUCUGCUCCUGCCGCCUGGCAGCCGGACCUCUUCCCCAUCUCUGCAGAACGGAGGCUGGGCCUGGACAGCGAGCUCCCGCCUCAGUUACGCAGCCUGGUCCAGCGAGGAGCCCCCAACGCCCGGAUGCAAGAGCCCUGUGCAGAGCUGAGCAGUGGCAGAGGUAAGCCAGGGCUCAGAGCCAGGGGAACCGAGGCAGCUCUCCAGCCCACAAAGGGACCCAGCCCUGCUCCCUUGGACCCUCAUACCCGAUCAGGCGUGUGCCAGGGCGAGCCCCUCGUCUCACCCAGCAGAGCUGCCCCCUCAGGCCUGCUGGGCCCCGAGUUCAAAGUAUGGCGUCAGUACUAGGCAGGACACCGCACAGACGGACAGACACCCAGCGGGACCAGCCCCACACUGGGGAGCCGUGCGCGGAGUUAAGGGAAUGGGCCACAAGGAGCCCUCAUGCCCCAGGGGCUAAACAGAGACUCUGGGGAAAGCGACUGCUCCCAGCAGGGCCCAGAAACCCCCGUCAGAGACUAGCCCCCCUCCCCCCUCAGGGGCUUCGGCUGGGUCAUUCCUGGGGGAGACGGCUGCCAUGGGGCUGAUGCUCACCGGUCCUGCCCCGGUGCUGGGCAUGGAUUAGCGCACAGGGAACGCUGCCCCGUGCCGUGCAUGGGAGAGGCAGGCGCCUUCGAACUGAGCUAGAGGUGGUAAUUUUCUAACACAAGGUGAGGCCGUUUCCACUGUUUCACAGUGCUCAGGCCAGAAGGGACCAUCCGCUCGGCUAAUCUGACCUCCUCUGUGUCACAGGCCCCUUAAACUUCAACCACACACCCCCGUUUGAACCCAAUAACUUGGAUGAAAGCAUUUCAGUCCUCAUGAGAUUAAACCGUUGUGUAGCCCAGGUGGAGAACAGGUGAGAUCAAGGUGUCACCAGUGCCCAAGGCCCCUGCAAUGGCAGCGGACUGAUUAGGUGAGAGGUGGUAGGUAAGAUCCGUGGGAAGCAAGUCUAAGGGAAAUGAGUUCAGGAGAGCUGGCAGCUUUUUAAGAGACAUCAUUAAGGGCAUAGGAGCAAACUAUCCCACUGCCCAGGACAGAUAGGGCGUAUGGUAAGAGACCAGCCUGGCUUAAUCAGGAGACCUUCAGUGAUCUGAAAAUCAAACAAGAGUCCCACAAAAAUGGAAACUAGGUCAAAUUAUGAAAGAUGAAUGUAUAUUAAAAAAAACAACACACGCAUGUAAGGACAAAAUUAGAAAGACUCAGGCACAAAAUGAGAUUAAACUAGCUAGAGACAUAAAGGGUAAAAAGAAACAUUUUACAAAUAGCAAGAGGAAAACCAAGGACAGGGUAGGCCUGUUACUCAAUGAGGAAUGAAAGACAAUAACAGAAAAUGCAGCAAUGGCCGAAGUGUUAAAUGCCUUUUUAGUUUCAGUUUUCACCAGAAAAGGUUAGCAGGGACUGGUCAACUAACGUAGUGAACAUCAGUGUCAAUGGGGUAGGAUGUCGGCGAACACAGGGAAAGAACAAGUUAGGAAUUAUUUAGCCAAGUUAGAUGUCUUCAAGUCAGCAGGGCUUGACUAAACAGACCCUGGAAUACUUAAGGGACUGGCUGAAGAGAGCUCUGAGCCAUUAGUGAUUAUCUUUAAGAACUCACGGAGGACGGGAUAGAUCCCAGAGGGCUGGAAAAGGCAAAGAUAGCACCUAGCUAUAAAAAGGGGAAUAAGGAAAACCCGGGAAAUUACAGACCAGUCAGCUUAGCUUCUGUACCCGGAAACAUAAUGGAGCAAAUAAUUAAGCAAUCAAUUUGCAAACACCUAGAAGAUACUAAAGUGAUAAGUAACAGUCAAUAUGGAUUUGUCAUGAACAAAUCAUGUCGUAUCCUUCUCUGACAGGGUAACAAUACUUGUAAAUGGGGGGAAGCAGUAAAUGUGGUAUAUCUCUACUUUAUUAAGGCUUUUGAUACCAUUUCAAGUCUUCUUCUCAAAAAAGCUGGGGAAAUACAUCCUAGAUGGACCUGCUAUAAGGUGGGUGCAAAACCAGUUGGAAAACUGUACUCACACUGUAAAUUAUGGGUAGUUAUCAGUGAUUCACAUUCGAGCUGGAAGAGUAUAUUGAGUGGAGUCCUGUAGGGAUCAGUCCGAGGUUCAGUUCUGUUCAAUAUCUUCUGUGAUGUGGAUAAUGGCAUCGGUAGUACACUUACGGAGUUUGCAGAUGAUACCAAGUUGGGAGGGGUUGCAAGUGCUUUGUAGGACAGAAUUAAAAUUCAAAAUGAUCUGGACAAACUGAAGAAAUGUCUGAAGUAAAUAGGAUGAAAUUCAAUAAGAACAAAUGCAAAAUACUCCACUUAGGAGGGAAUAAUCAAUUGCACAAGUACAAAAUGGGAAAUAGUAUCAAAGACUCAUAGAACUGGAAGGGCCCUCGAGAGGUCAUCUAGUCCAGUCCCCUGCACUCCUGGCAGGACUAAGUAUUAUCUAGACCAUCCCUGACAGGUGUUUGUCCAACCUGCUCUUAAACAUCUCCAAUGAUGGAGAUUCCAUUGUUAGGAUAUAGCUAUUCAGGCCUGUCUGUAAAGGCCUAUACUUUAGGAAUUUACGUGUAUUCUGAUCAUUUAGCUAGUUCUAGAGGUAUAAAAGAAAGAAUCAAAAUCACUGUCUGUCUGUGGCCUGGUCUACACUAACCCCCCAAUUCUAGGGUUACCAUAUUUAACAAAUAAAAAAAGAGGACCCUCCACAGGGCCCUGGCCCCGCCCAUUUCCCACCCCCAGCCCUGCCCCAACUCCGCCCCUUCCCCGCCCCAACCACGCCCUAACUCCGCCCCCUCCUCCCUCCCACUCCCAGCCACGCGAAAAGGGCUGCCCGAGCGCUACCGGCUUCACGGUUUGCCGGGCAGCCCCCAGACCCUGCACCCCUGGCUG